AUGCGGAUACGCUUGCCCUUUGCAGGCGUCUUCUUCGCCCUCCUCGUCGUCGCAGGCUACGCCGGCCUGACCUCCCUCCAGCUCGGCCAAUACGUAAACGACAAAGUCCUCCACUUCAUAACCUUCUUCCUCCUCACCCUCGUAUUCUACUGGAUCCUCGACACAAACCGCCGCCGCACCCUCAACCUCACCCUCACUGUCUGCACCUUUGUUCUCGGCGUCGGCUCCGAGUUCCUGCAGGGCUUCCUCCCCAACGGCCGAGAAUUCGACUUUUACGACAUCGUGGCAAACGUGGUCGGUUCGCUGGCGAGCAUCGGCUUGUGCUCUUGGUACCACAAGCGCAUGCUCGAGCGCAAGCGCCGAACCAAGACAUACCAAGCCGUUCCUGGGGAAGAUGACGCGGAUGUUGAGCUGGGCGAGGGACAUGAGACUGGCAUCGUCGAGUCGAGCGGUGCGAGAGACGGGGGCGCUGGUGUUGGCGCCAGCGGAGGGAGGUCGCUGGAGGAGGAAGUGGACAACUGGGAUGAGAACCAGGUGGAUGACUGGGAAGAGGACGAUGGGGACGGUGACAUCGGUGGAGUCAAGAGCAAGGACAUGGACACUGGGGAUGUUGGCGACUCCAAGAAGCGGGCCGACUAG